UGGGCUUGGGCAUGGGCGGAUCGGGUGCGAUGAUGAGAGCGAGAGAGAGGUGAGAGCCGAAGUCGAGUUGGAAGGGGGAAUCUGAAAGUCGUGGGUUUCAUGUGUAAGGGGUUUUGUGAGAGAGUGUCUCACAAUUACCCCCUUCCCCAACUACCCUAACCCACCAGACCACACCACGGUUCCCCAAAUUCUCAAACCAGUUCCCCCCCCCCACCCACCACCUAAGCCGCGUGAGCGUCCCUGGAUGGUUACCAAUUAAGCGGUGGUCACUUUGAGAGCGUCGUGAGCGGGAAGUGAAGACAAGCUCCCCGACCUUACUACCCCUACACCCGAGCCGUCUGCUGCCCUGGCUCAGCUCUCGGCAGCUCCUGGCGUAGUCGGACAUGACGCCCACCCUCACCGCCGCUCUCCUGCUGUGGGCAGGCAUGAGUAGCCUGGCGCGGGGGCAACAGCCAGACCUGCCCACGAGCUGCACGGAGGGCAGCUGCCACCCGGCGACGGGAGACCUUCUCCUGGGCCGCGAGGACCGCCUCUCCGCCACGUCCACGUGCGGCAUGACCGCGCCGCAGCAGUACUGCAUCGUCAGCCACCUCAUGGAGGACGACAAGUGCUUCGUGUGCGACUCGCGGCAGCGCCAGGGCCCCAACAGCCACCGCGUCCAAAACGUCGUCAUGAACUUCGACCCCGCGCGCAAGAGCGCGUGGUGGCAGUCGGAGAACGGCCUGGAGAGGGUGAGCUUGCGGUUGGACCUCGAGGCGGAAUUCCACUUCACGCACCUCAUUUUCACGUUCAAGACAUUCCGCCCAGCGGCCAUGCUGGUGGAGCGUUCGUCCAACUUCGGGCGGACGUGGCGGCCGUACCGCUACUUCGCGCAGGACUGCCGCUCCGCCUUCCCCGGCGUGCGGGAGGGGCCCGUGCAGCGUCCCGGCGACGUCGUGUGCGACUCUCGCUACUCCGACAUCGAGCCCAGCACGGGCGGGGAGGUCAUCUUCAAGGUGCUUGAUCCGUCCAUCCCUGUUCCUGACCCCUACAGCCCUGAGAUCCAAGACCUGCUGCGCGUGACGAACCUGCGCGUGAACUUCACGGCACUGCACACCCUCGGGGACGAGCGCCUGGACUUCAGCCCCGACGCGCGCCGCAAGUACUACUACAGCGUGUACGACAUGGUGGUGCGGGGCAGCUGCUCCUGCAACGGCCACGCCGAGUCGUGCGUCCCCACCGGGAGGGGAGACGCCGGCGCUUCCACCGAGGGCAUGGUGCACGGGCGCUGUCUGUGCAAGCACAACACGGUGGGACUCAACUGCGACGAGUGCGACGACUUCUACCAGGACCAUCCCUGGAGGCCGGCGCAGGGGCGACGCACGCACGCUUGUAAACGCUGCGAGUGUAACGGCCACGCCAUGCGCUGCCACUUCGACCUCGCCGCCUACGUCGCCAGCGGCAACGUGAGCGGCGGGGUGUGCGACGGUUGCCGCGACAACACGGCGGGACGGCAGUGCGAGACGUGCUCGCCCUUCCACUACCGCCACGCGCGGAGGGACGCACGCGCCCCCGACUCCUGCGUCCCGUGCGACUGUGACCCGGCCGGCUCGCAGGAGGGCGGUGCAUGCGACGCGACCUCCGACCCCCGUACGGGCACCGUGGCGGGGCAGUGCCGCUGCAAGCCGGGCGUUGGAGGGGUGCGGUGCGACCAGUGUUUGCCCGGGUUUGCCGGCACGCCCUCCCGCGACAACCCCUACGGCUGCCAGCCGUGCAGGUGCAACGUGAUGGGGACCGUCAUGAACAUGGGCGCGUGCGAUCCCGCCACGGGCGCCUGCAUCUGCAAGCGCUACGUGGGCGGCAGGAACUGCGAGCGGUGCCUGGCGGGCUACUGGGGGCUCAGCGAGUCGGCCGGCGGCUGCCAGCCGUGCGACUGCGACUUCGGGGGCUCAGUGGACGAGACGUGCUCAGCGGAGGACGGGCAGUGCCAGUGCCGCCCACACAUGCUGGGGCGCCGCUGCGAGGAGGUGCAGCCUGGAUAUUACUGCAUGCCCCUUGACCUGUACACCUCGGAGGCCGAGGACGCCACGUUCCUGCCCGUGCAGCCGCUGCACGGAGGCUCUGUCGGGAACACGUCGGACUGUGACGAGUUCAUGCAGGUCCCAGGCCACAACAGUCCGGGCGGUCCCGGCUCCAGCGCCAAUCUCCCGGUGGUGGUGGUGGCCGGAAGCGCCGCGCCCGGCACGCUUGUCACGUGGACGGGGCCCGGCUACGCGCGAAUUCGCGACGGCGCCGGCCUCGAGUUCACCGUCAGCAACAUUCCCUACUCGGGCGAAUACAGGGUGGCCAUCCGCUACAAGCCGGAGCUGAACGAACCGUGGGAGGCGCAGGUCCAGGUGCUGUCCCAAUCGUUGCCCACGCAGAGCCGCUGUGCCAACAUGCUCCCGUCCGACGAGAUGCAGAUCGUGCCUCUCAACCCCACGCAGAGCGUGGCGUCGAUGCCCGUGGCCGUGUGUCUGGAGACGGGCGUGCGGUACGUGGUGCGGGUGGUGGUGCAGCGGGCACGGUCCACGCGCAGGCACCCCAACGCGCACAUGCUCGUCGACUCGCUGGUGCUGUUCCCGCACGUCCCUUCGCUGCCCGGAUUCUCGGGCAGCGCCGGUCAGAAGCGGCGCGAGGAGCUGGAGCGCUACAUGUGCCUGGACGCGUACCGCGACGCCACGCGGCCCAUGCUGGCCGAAGCCUGCCGCCCCCUCGUGUGUGCCAUCUCCAGCAUCCUGCACAACGGGCCCCUGCCGUGUGAGUGUAACCCCCAGGGUGUGACGAGCUCCGUGUGCGAGGUGCUCGGUGGCCACUGCCUGUGCCGCCCCAACGUCAUCGGCCGGCGCUGCGACGCCUGCAGCCCGGGGACCUUCGGCUUCGGGCCGCAGGGCUGCCAACGCUGCGCGUGCGACCCCGCCGGCACCACGGGGGGCACGUGCGACGCCGCGAGCGGGCAGUGCCUGUGCCUGCCAGGCGUGGCGGGGCGCGAGUGCUCGCGCUGCGACUCGGGCCGCUUCGGCUUCCCGCGCUGCGCCCCCUGCCAGUGCGACGGCCGCGCCAGGGACUGCGACCCCGAGAGCGGUCAAUGCCAGGAGUGCCUGGAGCAUUCUACCGGAGAGAACUGUGACAGGUGCGAGCCCGGUUACUACGGCGACCCGCGCCUGGGCUCCGGCGGGCGUUGCCGGCCGUGCCAGUGCCCCGGCGAGCCGGGCAGUGGCCGCUUCUUCGCGACGACGUGCAGCACGGACCCCGCGACGCGCGGCGCGGUGUGCCAGUGCCUCCCGGGGUACACGGGGACGCGGUGCGAGGCCUGCGCCCCGGGCUUCAGCGGCGACCCGUCCGUGGCCGGGCGGCCGUGCUCGUCGUGCGACUGCAGCGGCAACGUGGACCCGCGCGACCCCAAGGCCUGCGACCCCGUGAGCGGCCGCUGCCAGCGCUGCCUGCACAACACGCACGGCGAGCGCUGCGAGAAGUGCCGCACCGGCUUCUACGGCGACGCCUUGCGGCAGGACUGCAAACCCUGCAGCUGUAUUGAGGCCGGCACGGAGCCCGCCAGCUGCCCUGGCGGUGCGCAGCCGUGCCGCUGCGACGCUCGCACCGGGCAGUGCCGGUGCCGGGCGGGCGUCGAGGGCAGCUCGUGCGACCGCUGCGCGCUGGGACACUGGGGCCUGGGGGGCAGCGGUGGCUGCCAACCGUGCGCCUGCAACCCGGCGAGGGCUCGCGGCCAGACCUGCGACCCGGUGACCGGGCAGUGUGAGUGUCGCCCAGGGUUUGGAGGUCGCACGUGCGACGAUUGUGGCCCCAACCACUGGGGGUCUCCCGACAAGGGAUGCAAGCCGUGCGACUGCCACCCCCAGGGCGGCACGUGCGACGCCACGAGCGGGCGCUGCGUGUGCCGCGACGGCGUGACGGGCGCGCGCUGCGACGCGUGCUCCCGUGGCGCGGCCGGAGACUUCCCGGCCUGCAAGCCGUGCCACGCGUGCUUCUCGUGGUGGGCGCGCAAGAUCGAGGCCCUCUGCGCCCGCGCCACCGCCCUGCGGGACCGCGCCGAGAAGCUCGCCGACACGGGGAUCUCCGGCGCCUACGACGGCCGAUUUGAGGAGCUGGAGAAGAAGCUGAAGGAGGCGCAGGACAUCAUCGCCAAGGGCAACGAGCGGCCCAGCGACGUGGCGCGCCUCGAGAUGUUGCGCGACAACAUCAGGCGGCAGCUGGAUCGUCUGACGCAACUCGUCUCGGUGGCCGAGGCGACCGUGAAGUCUCUUCAGAGUCAGCGCGACCGCACCGACCUCGACCUGGACGCUCUGGAGCGCGACGCCCUGCGGCUGAACGCGUCGGCUGCCCUGGCCUACUCCAGGCUGCAGGGCAUCCUCAACUCUGACUUCAGCGGCGCCUUCGACAGCAUCCGGCGCUCGUGGCAAGACUCGCGCAACGCCCAAAAGCAGGCGGAGACGGCGACCGGGGGACCGUCGGGGCCCGUGCGCGCCUCCCAGAAGGCCCGGCGGCGCGCGGAGGACCUGAUGCGGCACGGCGGCGGCGCCCCCGGCGACCCGUCGCUGGCCGAGCGUCUCGCCAACAGCAAGAAGAGCCUGGACGAGCUGGACCGCGAGGUGGCGGCGCUGAGCGUCAAGCGCAUCAACGAGAAGACGUGCGGCGCCCCCGGCGACCUGCCGUGCUCCGAGUCGCGCUGCGGGGGCGGUGGCUGCCGGGACAACGCUGGCCGGCCGGCGUGCGGUGGCCCCGGUUGUGGCGGGUCCCUGACGCUGGCGCAGGACUCGCUGGCGCGCGCCCGCAACGCCGAGCUCGAGGUCGAGAGGGCGUCGGCAGAGCUCGACAAGAUGGCCGCUAAGGUGGCCGAAGUGAAGCGCGCGGCGAGCGACAUGCGCGACAAGGCGCAGCGCUCGCUCGACCGGGCGCAGCAGAGCAAAGCCGGGAUGGAGCACGCCGUGGCCGAGCUGCGGGACCUCAUCGCCCGGAUCAAGGAGUUCCUCAACGAGGAGGGCGCGGACCCAGAGAGCAUCAUGUUGGUGGCAAACAACGUCCUCAAGCUAGGGCUGCCCGUGACGCCCGGGGAGGCCGAGGCGCUGGCUCAGCAGAUUCGCGACAGCGUGGCACGCCUCUCCGACGUCGACGCCAUCCUGGCGCAGACGGCCAAAAACAUGACCCUUGCCCAGCGCCUGCUCGCCGACGCCAAAAAAGCCAAGGCGGAUGCUGAGGCGGUGAAGCAGAAGACCGAGGAAGUCGUGCAAGCACUGCAGGAGGCCAACGACGCUCAGAGCGCGGCUCGCAAGGCCAUCAACAACGCCCAACGCGAUAUUGACUCGGCAAAGGACCGCAUCGAUGAGGCAGGCAAGAAGGCUGGGGACGCGGGAGCGAUAUUGAUGGAUGCCAUGGAUCGUCUCACCAAGAUGGCCGCCGACGUCCAAGCGCUCAAGGAGAAGGCCGCAGCCAAUCAGCUGGCGGCCAAGGAUGCCGCGACGCAGGCCGCCCGGGCGCGCGACAACGCCGACGUCGCCGCAGAUGAGCUGCAAGAAGUGAAGGAUAAAUUUAAAGACAUGCAAGGGCUGAUGGAUUCGCGGUACAAUGGCAGCGACAAGGCCAGGGAGCGCGCCGAAAAGCUGCGCGACCAGGCAUCUCAGCUGCUCCAGGACGUGCAGGACAAGAUGAAGCGGCUUAAUGACUUGGAGAAGCUGCUGGAAUCGCAGGCAGACAAACUGGUGGAUGCCACCGGCAAGCUGGAUGGCCUGGAGGAAAGAGCCUCCAAACUGCAGAUGGAAAUCAGCAAAAGGGUGCAGCACUACUUUGCGUGCCAGAACUGAGUGCGCAAGUCCAAUGACAACGACAUCAUCACCCCUGGCUCUCUCAAAGUAAGGGAGACAGGACAGAGGAACCGCCCCCCACCCCUCCUUCAGCUGUGCGUGUCACGCCAUGAGGCCCGUGGGCUUGCAAAAUUACAUUCAGCACUUAGGUCGGAGUUUGGACUCUUCCAUCCUUUCAACACCCAAAGAGAGUGGUGUAGUGUGGUUGGCAUAGGCCGAUUCAAGGAAUGAAAUGGACUCACUCCCGUCUGUAAAAAUUUUACCCCCCUCUGUUCAUAACCCGGCAACUGGGCCUCUCUGGCCCGUGAAUCCUGGUGCUCUUGCACCAUCUGCACACUCGAUAGCUAGAACCGCUAGUCUCUGGGUCUCCACGUAAAUAUUUGGGUCUCUGUGUAAUCUGUGGAUUUAUCUGUGAGUCGGUGAUGGCUGAGCUGAGACCAUUAACUCGCAAUGCCUGAGAAUAUGGUUUAAUCAGAACUCAAGCUAUGCGUGUCUGUGGAUGUCCGUGCGAGUUUCUAUGGCAGUGCAAUGAAUUAAAAGGUGGGCGCUGCCCCACCUGGCAAAUUGCCACCUGUCUCUUAACCUGGGCUCCAUUUGGUCUGUUGGCAUGACGCAGCUGCACCGCCUGUGCACUCUGUAGCUAAGCCAUAGACCCACGAUGUAUAUCUCCGCUACUGUUUGUUUAGUUUUGCCUUAUCGCUGUGAUACAGUUUCCAGGUUUCCAAUUCCAUUUUUUCUUCUUAGAAUAAGUGUCAAUUGUUAUUCUCAGAAAGGUUGUUUGGAAAAUCGAUACGGUGAAUACAAAUGUACACGUCCUUCCCAAACAUCUAUCCUACUCACAUACGGGGGGAAUUAUGUACACGUAACUGAUAUUUUUUUUCACAAACGCAUUUAGGAUGCAUUCAAUGAGUGUUGUGGUGCACUCCAGGUGAUUUGGCCCACGGAAUUCAUAAUAUAAUAAUGGUAAUACACACUGAGUAACCAAUUUAACAAGAAAACAAUUCACAUUUUAAGCCACUUCAUCAUAAAUGCAUUUAUUCAAAUAUGCUUUAUUUUCAUAUAUAUCUGUGUUAAUAUAUGUUUCAAACAACAUGUAAAAACGUGUAAAAAAAUAACUUGGCCCUAAGACAAGAGGACCACAAUGCAGUCACUCAGGAACUGAUGACGGAUUUUGCAUGAUGCACAAAAGCGGAGUUCUUUUUCUAAUCGUUGCUGUGCGUUGUUUGAAACUCAUGAUUUUCCAUCCGAUACUAUUUUUAUGUUAUGAUGGGUUUCUCAUCAUUUACAGAUUUGGUUAAUCUCUACGCUCAUCUUCAGUGGGAUAUUUUUUUGAGGAGGACAAUAAUAAUACCCAAGAAGUAUUCAUUGAGUAUCAAGACUCUUUUCCGUAAGAGUCCUGCAUGGGGAUGUUUGACCGAUACAAUUGUUAAUGUUUGGCCAUUAUCAUGAUUACAAAAAAGUAUCUGACAUGUGUGAGAAAACGUAUCAAUUUUCCUGACUAUUUAUACUGAAAUAAAGAGCACUUAUCUGAACAAGAAAUUCAAAUGAAGACCCAGUGAUAGCCAUGCUGUCGUCCGCUUUUGGAUAUCUUGCCACUUUUUCAAUCGUGUUUGUUAACCUGACAUUUGGAAGUACCUAAAGUUCACUCUCAAUUAUCCGUGGGCAGAUUAUCCAGGUUGAGGUUUUAAGCUUGCUAUUUUCAAUUACACUCUGGUUUAAGUAUUAACUGCCCCCUCACUCAUCCCAGGGUCAGUGACUAAGUGCCCAAUUGUGACCGCAAAAAUGUUGCCAAGUAAACUACUGACUUUAAGAUGCAAUAAAAACAGAGGACACUUAGCACUCCUUCACCCCUAUCUUGCAUAUGGCCCAGCCAUCGCGCGGUCGCCGUUUGUUGCAGAGGUUUAAGGUUCGAAUCCAGCGGCCGCCCUGAUUAUUACUGCGUUGGGUAAUGACGAUAAUAAUACUACGCGCCGUCUGCUUCGCUCGCAGUGCAUGUUAAAGAUCACCCAACGUCAUUAGCAAGAGUAGGCCAUUGUGUAGACUGCUGUGUGCUGCCAAACAUGGCAUUUUAAACAAAUGACAAGUUUCUUAAAUCCCCCUCUUCCCACCUCGGUUCACCCAACAGUAUAAAUUGGUUCACGACAAUUAGUUUAUCGGCAGAUCACAUGCGGUGGGGCAAAGUGUGUGGGUACGUCCGCCUCUCCCAAAACAUCUGGAGAGCAUGGAAAAGUAGGCCAAGUACCACCUAGAGGGGCACUCUGGAGCUCUCUCUAGAGGAGGCCCUUCCGCCAGCUGUGGCAUGAGCAAACAAUUGCAGGGAUACACCUUUUAAAAUCCCUUCCUCCUAUUACCCCGGAUAAUCGAGAGUUAACUCUACAGAACGUCAGAGUUAAGAUGAAAGCUUUCCGCCAGACCCACUUUCCCAGGAACUUUGUGACCAGUGGUGCUGAAUUUGUAAUGGAGCUUACGAUCUUCCUUGGUGCUCCCAUAAACACGGUCCUCCCAAUAAACAUGCAACUUUGAGCCAACGUUUGCAUGUUUACUGGGCUGUAUGCUUAAGUACAGAAAUGCAUAGGAAGUUAGUACACUUUCCUAACAUUGUUACUUCAUUAGAGUUAAAUAUGCAAUAAGGGCUAUUUCAGGGGAUAUUUCCAUCUUAUGAGUGCGUUUUGUACCGGUAAGGCAAUUUGUCAUUCCCGCAAUGGAUCAGGCCUUGCUGUUAAGGUUGUAUAUGUGCACUAAACUUUGCAAUUGUGUAAAAUUCACUACGUGUCAGGAAUACGACGUCAAAAUCCACUGGGUCUCACUUUGAAUUGUGGAAUGUGAGGCCAAGACACGGCUUGCCCAGAUGUUGCCCAAUGUCAGGUCCUGUAAUAUUACUGUUUUGUAAGCAGUAAUACAGAAGACCUGUAAAACCAUGUAUCCAAUUUCUUAUGAUUGAAAACAAGUAUUGGGAGACUAAUUGGUCUAAAACUGAAUUGUUACUUUUUCAAAAUAUUUAGCCGAGUCUUAACACCAUUUGUCACAAGAGUCCUGCUACAUUGGAGUGGUUGACCCAUUAUAUUAAAAAUGUUUGCCUUUGUGUGCGAGGAAACCAACGAAAACCCAGAGAAAACCCAUGUAUACUAGAGAUUGACACGCAAUGCUGCCUUUUUUUGCCACCUCGCAGCCCCAUCUCUACAACAGCUGGCAAGCACUGAUGUCACUCAUCCAUGCAUCCAAAAUCUGACAUGAACUGGCACAUUUAGGGUGAUUUGGUCUUCGGCAACCACACUAGAGUACUUGGGCAUAAUCUGCAACUGCUGAGAAAUGACCAUUGUUUUUAAAUGACUGUACCCUACCGUGAUAGAAUAACUACGUCUAUGGAGCCAAAACCAUUUAAAAAGUGACCCUGUACCACCAAGUUUCCGAGAUUCCACUGGACAUCUGUGAAAAGGAGCUUUAUAGCUCAUCGGAUUCUUCCAGUAUAAAUAAAUAUGAUUCCUCCUGACCCACUACAUUUGUUUAAUCUUCUGCAUUCAAAUUAAGUCGUUACUCACUGCAAGCACCUGCUUGUUUGUAAACAUGUUCCACAUAACGUAGAGAGUGCUGAUUAAAAUCCAGAUAAUUUCUCAUUAAUAAUUAUUCACAUCCUUUUAUCAAUCUUCGGCUGGAUGAACGGUUCCCCAUGCCAUGUUGGUCAUGGAGGUUUUUUGUUAUUAAAUACUAAACUCCACCAGGCUGGUCGUCGCGGGUUUGUGAAGGUGGGUGCCCAGUACCGAUUUGAAUAACAAUGGCCAGCGCUGUUAGUCAUGGCCAGAAAUCAAACUCAGGUCGUCUGGUUCACAGCGCAGUGCGUUAAAUUCUGAAAUACCCCCCCCUCUCACCCAAUGAAGAUGGAUGAUAUUAAUUUGAAUCGGUGGUUUCUACUCGUUUACCAGCGAAAUGCGUUUCCCAAUCAUCAGGUACAUGCAGCGUGAAACAGUUUGUGUUGAAGCAGAGCACAUUGGAUUUUGAGUUGGGGGGGGGGGGAAGCUGCCUUAUUUUUAGCUCGUCAGAAUGACUGCUUUUGAACGUUUCUGGUGAUUCUGAAAAUGACUGAAGUGCAGUAGUUGUUUUUGUUUGACCCGACGAGAAGUACACACAAGUAUCUGCAAUGCGCAGGUGGGUGUCCAUGGUGACGGUACUAAUGUAUGUAUGUAUGCAUCAACCCUCGCACUGUGUGGCGUUAUUGGUGAUAUAUAGCACUGGGAUUACAGUCUGUUAUAAAGGCUAAAGUUGAAUAAAUGUAAUAAAACUUUUUUUUUAUGUUUCAUAAAAGA